AUGCCGCGGCCAGAGGUUCAGGCGCCGCCGGAGAUCUUCUACGGUGAGACAGAGGCCCGCAAGUAUACCACAUCAUCUCGGAUAAUUGAAAUCCAGGUUAUCUUUUGUUUCCUUGCCUAUCCUUUGUUCGUUCGCCAUGGUAUUCGUGAUUUUAGCAGCGGAUACUUUGUGCUGAGCAUGAGGCAUUUGCUUCGUAUAGACGGUUCUCCUCAUUUCGUUCAUCUUCUAAUGGAUUUGAUUCAACAUGCAGAACAGGAUCUCUGAGAGGGCGCUCGAGCUGUUGGCGCUGCCAGAUGACGGAGUCCCAAGGCUCCUGCUUGAUAUAGGUGACUUUUACAUUUAACUCUGCUUAUUUUGCUAGUUAUUAGCUUGAUUUGUACCGGUGGAUAAGCCUUUUUUUUUCUUUGCCCCUCAACCAAUUUAAUGCUAACUCUUUUAAGUUCUAGUCUCGAAUUCCUCCAGGAGCUUCUUUCACGAAGAGCUUAAUACAAUUGUGCACAGAUCAUCCUCUUUCACAGUAUGGUUACAAUACUGUGAAAGAGGAUGAUUACAGUAAUAAAGAAAAUCAAGCGGAUAACUUAUCCUCAUUCACCCGUAAUGUAUGCUGUCUUGUCGUGUAAAUUCUCCAGAAUCUAGCGUCUUAACAGAUCCAUAGCUGUAGUUUCUAUUAUCCUCUAGUUUGAUGUUAAAUUUCUUUCCGUGGAAGCUUUUGCUAUGCAAUAAAUGUCUGCCCCGUCUGAUUUUUAUGCUUUUUAUUUUUAUUUCUAAUUUCUUAGUUUUUUCAUCGAAAUUUGUAGCCUUCGUACCUAUUUAUUCUUUCAGAAGCAGUACGAACUUUUUCGUAAAACACUGACGAUUAUUCAUCAUAUUUUUGUCAUAAUCUGGGUUUGAUUGUACUUGAAAACACGACCGUCAUUCCAAGUAGUAUGGUGCUAUAAAGCAGGGCAUUUUUAUCUUCUUAUCCGUUCCUUACACAACAUAAAAAAUAACAAGAGAUGUUACUUUUCAUACCAUUUUGUAAUUAAACUAUGUUCCAGGCCUCAAGAAUUCAAUAUAGCUAAACCUUUUUGUGGAUAUGAGCUCUUGAAAUUUACUUUUCUCGUCACCAGUUCUAUAUGUAUGUGGGAAACCUGAUUGUAAGGGGUUCCAUUAUUUCGUACUUCAUUUUGAUCAGAUAAUUCUUUAUUUAAGAUCUGCGCCCCGAUGAAGCCCUCCAUGAAGGGUUUAGCUUUUAUCAGGAUUGAAAAUAUAUAGAUACUUUCAAUGCUAUUUUUUUUGCUUCUUUCUAUUAUUAAGGUUGUGGCUCGGGACUCAGUGGGGAGACAAUUUCUGAGAAUGGACAUCACUGGAUUGGACUUGAUAUUUCUGAAGCCAUGCUGGGUAAGAUAUGCGAUAAUUUGUUUGAUGUAUGAAGAUGUGUGGGAACGCCUUCCUUGUUUUAUGAUACCUAGUUAGACGUUUUUUUUAUGGUUUGAUUGUUCCAGAUGUGGCAUUGGAGCGUGAAGUGGAGGGUGAUAUCGUUCUUGCAGACAUGGGCCAGGUAGAGCAUGAAUGCAAACCCAACAAUGAAAUGUUUCUGUGCAUUAUCUCUGCUGCUGGUGUCAAUAUCUGCUUGGAUAUAGUCCAAGGGAACCAGAAAUACUUACGUGUAAUAUAUUAUUUUUUAGAAUGCAUGUAUCUAAAUAGUUCUUUAAUUCUAAAUACGAAGAAGGGGGAUUCGUAUCAGGGCUGUGUUUUCGGCCAAUGCUAGUUAUUGAUAUUUUUCCCUGAAAGACAAUUUGGAUUGUAGUGUUUCAGUCAUGUUAACAAUCAAGAUGCAAUUCACCUUGAAUCCAGUAUCUGCUAAUUGAAAUUUUAGGUCUUACCUGUAAAUUUAUUUAUUUCUUUAUUUAUUUUGGGCCGGGGGGGGCGGGGGGGGGCAACCUGUCUCGUUUUUGGGCCACAUUAAUCAGCGAUAAUUUAAUUUAGCACUGUCGGAAUUAGAUGGAGGGGACGUCUCUGAUAAAUUGGUCAAUUCUCUUUCCAUUUAAGUCAGAUAUAUUCCCCUCACCUUGGACUCGGCUAUUAAGUGAUCUUUUACUGCCUUAAAUUUUCUUUCCAUUACGGAUAGAGAACACGUCUCAGACAUCUUUGUGGAUGUUAUUCACAUCAUCUUUUUUAUUGUUUUUCAGGGUUUGGGCUUGCGGCCUGGUUGUAUUGACGGCGCCAUUAGUAUCUCUGCUGUCCAGGUAUGCUAUUGUCCACUGAUAAUUUGGAUUAUAGUAGUUUUGAACACCACAUCUUACAACAUAUUUAACUAUCUGCCUAAAUGUGUUGGUUGCAUGCGGUACGUUUUGAAUAUCUAAUGCUGACUGAUCAUGCAGUGGCUGUGCUAUGCUGACAAGUCCUCUCACGAACCGAGACUACGAUUAAAGUACGCCCAUUUGAUCUAGCGAAUAGAUCUGAUAUUCAGUCAUUGUUUCUCCUCUUUGAUGACUUUCUUUGAAAAUGGAAGAGGUACAUAUACUGGUGCUUAUUGUGUGACAUGAUGUGUGGCAGGGCUUUCUUUGGAACCUUGUAUAGAUGCUUAGCCAGGGGAGCAAGAGCAGUUCUUCAGCUUUAUGCAGAGAACAUGGACCAGAGUGAGAUGAUAAUGUCCUAUGCCAUGCGUUCUGGGUUCGCGGGAGGAAUGGUCGUUGACUGGCCCCACAGGUAUGGCAGUUUCUGUGGAGAGCCAUUGUAUUCUAGCCGGGUCUGAUGCCCAUGUUGAUCUUGGUUUCUAUUAUAAGACAGAUCCAGUAUUGGCAAGCUCUGAACAAGUAGCGUUGAAUUUUGUUUCAGUCCAAAUUCGUCAGCUUUAGGUCAACGCAGUCCUCUUUUCUAGCCAAAACUGGAUUCGUCUCAAAUCAUUUCCUGAUCCAACUUCCCAACUCUAAUUGGUCAACUUAGCAAAAUCAUCAAUCAGGAUUUGGAACGUAGUUUUUUUUAUUUAUUAUUAUUACUAGAAUCAUUCUCACCUUGCUGUUGUCCCAAAAAACCCAGUGGAAUCUUAUGUCGGACACAUCGGAAUAUUCUCCUUGACUGAACAUUCUCCCCAUGUCGUCGUUUGGGAAACUUGUCAGAAGUCAAAGCUGGGUAGUUGACUAGUUAUAUGGUUGCUUUCUGCCAUCUCCUCUGGGCAUUAUUGCAUUUCUAGCAUCGGUUUUGAACACCUGUUCUUGCUUGUUGUUGAACAGCACAAAGGCUAGAAAGGCCUAUAUAGUUCUCACUUGCGGCCCACCUUCCAUCUCUGGGGCCCUUCCGAAGGGUAAAGGCGAAGAUGGCGAGAGCUGUUCUGACAGUGACGAGGAGGGAAGUCAGACGGUAAGUUGGUCGCAGACCCUCCGUCAUAUGUGCGCUUUGAAUCCGUCUUGUGUCACUUGGGCUUGUUGUGGAGAGAUAGAUAGAUAGAGAGAGAGAGAGAGAUCUGCAUUGUUUGUUAUCUGUGUGUAGAGAGAGAGAGAGAGAGAGAGGGGAAUGUACAUUGUUCGUUAACUAGUAGAUGGUUUGGUCUUGUGCAGGUUCAUAUUUCAGACAGGAACCGGCCCAGGAAGAGGCUGAAGACGUCGAAGAAAGGGAGAGGGAAAGAAUGGGUGCUGAGGAACAAGGAGAAGAGGGUGAGGAGGGGCAAAGAGGUGCCCCACGACUCAAAAUACACCGCUCGUAAGAGGAAGUCGUAUUUUUGA